AUGAAAGUCGAAGAGGUGAGCUCGGUUACAACGAGUCAAAAAAGGGAAAACGAUUCCCAGGACCGAAUCGACGAAUCUUCACUUCCCACCGACCCCGAUCCGGAUACAAUUCUGCCGGAUGUAAAACACGAGGUCGAAUACGCUGCGUCUGAAAAAAAUUCCGCGCGGACGUUUACUUCGGUGUCGGUAUCACCGUUACAGACGAUGAAAGUCUACCUUAGAUUAAAACCCUUUCCAUCCAACAUCGACCUGACAAGGGAACAAGAGUGUGCUUACACGAUAGUGAAUUCUACGACACUAAUGACAAAAUUACCUCCGACUGAUACGACAACCAGAUCCCCGAAGUUCCUCAAGACCAGCGAAGCUGUCUGCAGAACGUUUACUUUCACGAAUACUUUCGGACCGGAUACCUCACAAAUUGAUUUGUUCAACGAAGCCAUCGUGCAUCAAAUCCAAGAUUUCUUGGCGGGGCAAAGCUCGACUGUGAUGAGCUACGGAACUUCCAAUGCCGGGAAAUCCUACACCUUACACGGAGAGCCGGUAGCACUGGGAAUCAUUCCCUUGAGCAUAAACUUUAUAUUUCGAAAGGUGAAUUCGACACUGACGGUACCUUGGUUCAAACCAAUUUACCAAAAUAACGUUAUCAGUCUGAGCUCUAAGGAACGAUUACGCGAAUUGGAGAUAAGAGACAAGCUGAUGAGCUCGUUUGAAUCUACGGAAAAUACGGAAUUUCUCAAUGCUUUCAGAAAAAUGCGAGAAGACGGACCACAAGAUUCCGUAUCAGGUGAAAAAAUGGAUGACGUUAUUUAUACAGUUUGGAUUUCAUUUGCCGAGAUAUACAACGACGCUAUAUACGAUUUGCUAUCGACGGAAUGCCACAAGAAAAGGGUACCGUUAAAAAUGGUGACGGACAAACGAGGCAAGAUAUUUAUCAAAGACUUGAGAAUGGUCUACGUCAGCUCGGAGGAUGAGGCGUAUCAGGUUUUAUUGGCUGGACAGUACAGAUCGAGAAUCGCUGCAACGACGCUCAAUUCCCGAAGCUCUCGUUCCCACUGUAUUUUUACGAUUAAACUACUCAAGUAUUACGCAGAGACCGCACCCGAUGAAGUUGAGGUGAGUUCGUUAUCUUUCUGCGAUCUGGCAGGCUCCGGACGUUUGAAGACGAUGGCGAAUAUCGGAGAUCGACUCAAAGAGACGCAGAAUAUAAACACCAGCUUAUUGGUACUGGGCAGAUGUUUGAAGUCCAUCUGGGAAGGUCAAAGCAUAAGACAUCAGAAAUCAGAACCGGUCGGUCCAUUCCGGGAAUCGAAAUUGACGCGUUUAUUUCAAAAGGCUCUUUCCGGAAAGGAACAGAUGACUCUGAUCGUCAACGUGAAUCCGGUUCCGAUUCUUUACGCCGAGACGCAAAACGUGCUUAACUCUUCGGCGAUCGCCAAAAGAAUCUUCGUCGAACCUCUCAGAGACGUGAGAAAUAAAAAGUUCAUGUCCAGAUUUUCGAGGGUCGUUUCGCGAAGCGUGGAAACGGUCACCGAUUGGGAUCGUGCGGCUGCAGAGGAUUUAUCGCAUGAAAUCGACCACGAAAAGCUGAAAAAAUCCGACUACGUAUUGCGCGAGUGUUACGACGAAUUGUUCGCAGAGUAUGAAAAAUUGACGGAAGAUCACGCGAAACUGGAGGGGUCCGUGAUGCAGAAGGACCUUGAAAUUCGCGAAGAGAUGGCCAAUACCUACACCGGGUUGAUAAACGAUUUGGAGGCGAGCUGGAGGAGCCGUUCGAAGGACGCGGAGGAACAACAAGAACACCUUCUCGCCUGGUCGGUGAGCCAAGUAGAAAAUUUCUACAAAGAAAAACUGAAUCGCCUGAAUAGCAGAAAGCGCAGGCGUUGGGAUGACGGAGAUGCCGUUGACGACAGGGAAGCCGAUAUCCGGAAAAUGGAAGAUGAAAAUUCGAAUUUGACUGCGAGAAUUGUUGUAGCUAAGGAGACGAUCAAAGAGCUGAGAUCGGCGAGGGAGAAUGCGAUUGCAGAGAAGAAUAAAGCUGUCUUCGAACUGUCACUUGUGAAGGAGGAAAUGAUAGGCGUUAAAAAAAUGUUGGAGGCGGCUGAAACUGAUUUUCGUUCGAAGGAGAACGGAGCGCAUUUCACGGAGGAAUUGAAAAGGCAACUAACUAGCCGGGAAGAACGCAUUAAAAACCUCAAAGAAUUUUUGAAUGAAGCUAAAGAGGAGUACAUCAGGAUUACUUCGGACGCUGGACAGAUGGAGGAGCAAUUGAAAGAAGCUAAUGCAACUUUGAUAGAAAACGCGGAGAAAAUCGAAGACCUCGAAGAGCAGCUCGACCAGUCUAGCAUAUGCUUGGCGGAACAAGCAAAGGAGAUUGAACAAUUGACCGAGAAGUUGGAACGGCAAAGUAAGCAAUUAGUUGAGUUCGAAAAGAGAGCAGAAACUGCUGAGGCGGAAUUAAAGGAAUCUGAAUUUAUCAGGCUCAACUUGAUGGGUGCGGUGGAAGAUUUGAAUAAAUUGCAUGAAAUUCGUUGCACUCGUGCCCGUUACGAUUCAAAUGAUCAUUACCAUCACCACGAAAACGUGAGUAAAAAUGCUGCUCCAGAAAUAACGAAUGUCGAAUCGGAGAAUUCGCCGAUUAAAGGUGAAUCCCCGUUCGAAAAUCGACGCGAAAAUAGCGAUUCGCAAAAUCGCAGCAGUGUCCAAGUGCAAGACGCGACAAAUGUGUUCGAAACCGAGCGAUCCGUCAACGAAAUUGAUCACACUAGCAUCAAAACCAAUGACUCAAGUGCGAUUAACGAUUCGGGUAUCGCUCUUACCGUCACUAGUCAAAAUCAAUCUUCGGAUAAUAAUGGAGACUCGUUAAAUCAAGGACCGGAAAAUGAAAGUAAAAAUUUCCUCACAAGUUCCAACGAUGAACAGUUGGUGAAUUCGGAGCCUGAGAAUGAAAAAUUGAUGACUCGUAGUCUCUGUAAAAAUAUUCGUUAUCAGCAACUCUUCACAGAAAUGGAGAACGCCGAAUCAGAAAUCGCAGACGUUGCUGCUGAUGAUAGCGAUGGUGACAGUGAGGUCCGGAAUAAAAAAUGCAACAGGGAUCUCGAAUCAACAGAAGCAGAACCUCGUUCAGCAGGUAUGAACGAAUUCGAAGGUGAGUCGCAAUUUCCAAAAAUUAUCAUGGACUCAAAGGUUGACGAGUACGAUGGAAAUUCAAAGACUUCACAUGAAGCGUCAAAGAUCAGGAAUGACGACGAAAAGUUUGAUUUGAAAUCGUUGAGCGACAAAGUGUCGAGUCUCGAAAAGCAGUUGACAGAUCCAAAUCUAGCAGCAGUUAUGAAAUGGUUGAUGGAGCACGAAAUGGAGAUUGAAAAAUUGGAAACGGAAGUUUCCGAAUCAAAGGAACAAAGUGACGAGUCUCAAUGCGGAAAAACGAACGUGGGCAACACGCUGAAAAUGCAGAUGGAAUCGUUGAACGAGUUGAAACUGAAAAUAACCGACUUCGAAAAGACUUGGACGAAAUGGCAGGAAAAAGAAGAUAGUCAUCAUAGACAAUUAAAUGAGAACGUCGAAGAAAUUUCUAUCCUGGGGAGCCAAAUAGAAAAUUGGCCGAUUAGAGAGCGAGAGAAUAUGAAUUCGACUUCUAGUCCAAAUGACAAUUUAGGGGAUGAAUCAAAAAUAGCUGCACUUGAUAAAAGUCAGUCACUGAUUGCCUUGGAAUCCGAUGACCAGAGUAUGGAAAAAUUAGAAAAUCUACUUCGAGAAAUUCAUGAUGAAGAAAAACUCGAAGAUCAUUCAGGAUUUAGUGCUUCUCUGAAUGCGCGAUUGGAAAGCAUUCACUCCCUAAGUGAAGUUACCUCGCCUUCGACGAUUGAUCUCCUCGCAGCAUCGACUCCAACCUUACAAGAAGGAGACAAAAACUCGGACACCAAAUCGACCCCACUAGGACCCCCUUGUCCAGAUCCUACGUCUUCCUCUGACUCCCCGAUUGCGAACAAAAAAUCUCUGAUGUCUAAAAAAAAAUUGUUCGCCAAUCCGGGCGGGGGUUGCGCGAAUUCAGAGCCCGUACCAACAGUUACUACACAGAAAUACAACAGUAACGACAACGACGACAACAAUGACAACAACAACGAUAAAAACAAUGACAACGUCAUCAACAAUAACAACACCAACACUACUGCAACAGCAACAAUAACUACAACACAACAGUUACUACAACAAAAAUACAACAGCAAUGACAACGAUAUCAACAAUAUCAACACCAAUACUAACUGCAACAACAACGAUAACAACAAUGACAACAACAAUAACAAAUACACAACUACAAUAAACACAACGACAACGACAACGACAACAAUAGUACACCGAACGUAG